AUGUUUCGUUUUCAUCGUAUGGUUGCUAUUGCCUCGCCGCGGGUAUCUCUUCGACAGAUUCCAAUCGUUUCCAGACCAUUGCUUACUCGCUCCUUUCAAACAUCAUCAAUACAAUAUAAACUAUUUGGAGGACACAAGAAACAUGCCGAACAGGUGACGAGUCAAAGCUCCAGUAUCAAACCGCAGACUAUUGAGACUACACAAGAUGAUCAAUUAAAAGUAUCACAGUCGACACUCCCCGCAGGAGGCCCUACUGAACACGACUUUAAAACUCAUCCCAUAUUGAAACGUGUACCUAAAUUUCUUCGUAACUAUACAGCUAAAUUCGUCAAUGCUCCCUUUUCACACUUGAUUGCAUUUAUUGUACUUCAUGAAAUAACGGCGAUUGUACCCUUGAUUGGUAUUUGGUAUUAUUUACAUCAACACCCUGGUUUCAUCCCCUUAGAUCUUCCUCAAUGGGCAUUGACUAAAGGCGCCAAGGUUAUUGAUUCAGCAAUGGGACAGUUUGAUUGGAGUUUCAACACCAGUGACAAAUUGGCAGUUAUUAUGGAGGGGGCAUAUGCGUUUACUAUUGUUAAAUUGUUUUUGCCAGUAAGGGUUAUCAUAAGUUUAUGGGGGAUGCCAUGGUUUGCGAAAUGGUUUGUUUUACCGAUAACCAAUUUGUUUAGUAAUUGGAAAAAGUUGAGAAAGGCCAAAGGGGAAGUCAAGUCUGUUGAUUCAAAAGUGAAAACAAAACAGAUUGAUAAGCCGAGAUUAUAG